GUUCUUCUUUUCUUCCCGCUGCAGCCCAAGAACAAAACCCAGCCAAGCCGAUGCACCUCCCUUGAAAAAUGGGUGAGAAAGCUUGGUUUUCUCCUUCUUUUCUUGCUCUAGAACACAUCUAGAACCCAGAAACCUUUCCCCCUCUAUAAAAAACCCCGGAUCUGCUCUGUUCUUCCUUCCUCACCGCCGGCUGCUCCUGCUUUGUGGGGGCGAAUUGCUUUGAUUUUCCGAUUUUGGGUUGAUCCCGUGAUCCCCUGCAGAAAUUGCCGCCGGCCUUUCCCCAAUUUCCCGCCGGCUUCUCCCCCCUGCUAGGCCCGGUUCUGCAGCUGCUAAAUUCUGGAAUCGAAACCGAAGACGGGGAAACCAUGGGAAGUGAUGAGUUAAAAGGCUAGCCAUUUCGAGAUUGAUAUAGAUUUUAGAAAUAAAUCAUGAUCUUGUAAACUAGAGUGUAUUUGGAGAUUUUAUGAUAUUAGAGCAAAUUAUAAAAUUUGAUCUUUAGAUUUUGAUGGUAUCAGAUUAUGAAUUGGAUAAGUUCUAAGCCUUGUGCAUUUGUGGGACCCUCUCACGAGUGCACGGCGUCUGCCACAUCUCCGAAUUUGGGUUCUGGGGCGUGACAGGUGAAGAGUGUGAGCAAAGGAAGUUAAGGUCUUAAAACAUUGCAUGGAGUUUCCAACCUUAUUAUGAAUACUUUUGUGUGGAACGAGAAUGAGAUCCUAUUUUCUCUAUGGAUUUCACUGUUUGAAAUUCUAGGGAUAAAGAUAAAUUUGGUAAGUAUGAAGCUAAAUAGAAUCUUAAUGUCACGCCCCAAAACCCAAAUUCGAGGCGCGACAGACGCCGUGCACUCGUGAGACGGGUCCCACAAAUGCACAAGGCUCGAAACUUAUCAAAUUCACACUCUGAUACCAUCAAAAUCUGAAGAUCAAAUUAUAAAAUUCUCUCUGAUAUCAUAAAAUCUCCAAUACACUCUAGUUUACAAGAUCAUGAUUUAUUUCUAAAAAUCUAUAUCAAUCUCGAAAUGGCUAGCUUUCUAACUCGUCACUUCCCGUGGUUUCCCCGUCCUCGAUUUCACUUCCUGAAAUGGUGGACAAGAGAAACUAUGAGAUAAACUCAAUAAGUAAAUAUGGAGUGCCCAUUAUCAAACUUAUAGCAUGCCAACAAAUACAAUCACGAAAACAGAUACAGUACGGGCACGAAAUAGACGUCUCCUCUAUAGGUCACGGCCAGUGUAUAAUCCCCACUAACAGGGCCACGAUUUGCUGGUGUAUAACCCCCACUAGCUGGGUUGAAC